GUUUCCUCUAACGUAUAUAUAACCCCCUCACCGUUCACCGUCCGGUGCAGUGCAGUUUCAUCUGCCCUCCAAAAAACAAAAAAGAAAUCAACCUCUCUCUCUCUGUGUUUGAUCUUCACAUUUAUUCAUAUUAUUAUCUCUACAUAUUCAUAUCUUUACGACAGAAAAAAAAACAAACAAAAAUGGCGCAGAUUCAGGUGCAAUCUCCGGCGGUUUCUGGACCCAACGGUGCGGCGGCGACAGCGAAUGCUGCAGCGACGGUGGCGGCGGCGGCGGGUGGUGGGAAUCAGUCGUUUGGAACGACGUCGAUUUAUGUUGGGGACUUAGAGGCGAAUGUAACGGAUUCACAGUUGUAUGAUCUGUUUAAUCAGGUUGGGCAGGUGGUGUCGGUUAGGGUUUGUAGGGAUUUGAGUACUCGGAGGUCGCUUGGUUAUGGUUAUGUUAAUUACAGUAACCCUAAUGAUGCUGCAAGGGCUAUUGACGUACUCAAUUUCACUGCGGUAAAUGGAAAAGCUAUUCGUAUCAUGUACUCUCAUAGAGACCCAAGCGUUCGUAAAAGUGGAACUGCAAAUAUAUUCAUCAAGAAUUUGGAUAAGUCAAUUGACAACAAGGCAUUGCACGAUACAUUUUCUAGCUUCGGUAACAUACUCUCUUGCAAGAUAGCUACAGACGGUACAGGCCAGUCAAAGGGUUACGGGUUCGUGCAGUUUGAAACCGAAGAAGCUGCACAAACCGCAAUCGAUAAGCUGAAUGGUAUGCUGAUCAACGACAAGCAAGUUUACGUUGGACAUUUUCUCCGUAAGCAAGAACGCGACUCGUCAUUAAGCAACGCAAAGUUCAACAACGUGUACGUGAAAAAUAUUUCUGAAUCAACCGCCGACGAAGAUUUAAAAAAGAUUUUCGGCGAAUAUGGAACCAUUACAAGUGCGGUUGUUAUGAGGGAUGCAGAUGGGAAAUCGAAGUGUUUUGGAUUUGUUAACUUUGAGAAUCCCGAUGAUGCUGCUAAUGCUGUUGAAGCGUUGAAUGGAAAGAAGAUUGAUGAAAAGGAAUGGUACGUUGGGAAGGCGAAGAAGAAAUCCGAAAGAGAGCUUGAGUUGAAAAGUCGGUUUGAACAGACUGCUAAGGAAGCUGUUGAUAAGUUUCAAGGUGUUAAUUUGUACGUCAAGAAUUUGGACGAUUCUGUUGACGACGAUAAACUUAAGGAGCUUUUCUCUGAGUAUGGAACGAUCACUUCAUGCAAGGUUAUGCGUGAUCCUAGUGGAAUUAGUAGAGGUUCUGGAUUCGUUGCGUUUUCGUCUUCUGAAGAAGCUUCUCGAGCUCUUUCUGAGAUGAACGGGAAGAUGAUUGUGAGCAAACCGUUGUAUGUUGCACUUGCACAGCGCAAGGAAGAACGAAGGGCAAUGCUGCAGGCACAAUUUUCACAAAUGAGGCCAGUUGCAAUGGCACCAUCGAUGAUGGCUCCUCGUAUGCCUAUGUAUCCGCCUGGCGCUCCCGGAAUGGGCCAGCAGCUAUUCUAUGGCCAACCUCCACCUGCUAUAAUUCCUCCACAGGCUGGAUUUGGUUACCAGCAACAGCUGGUACCCGGAAUGAGGCCAGGUGGCGGUCCUAUGCCGAACUUUUUCGUACCGGUUGUCCAACAAGGACAGCAAGGGCAGCGCUUAGGUGGAAGGCGUGGAACGGGUCCUGUCCAACAAAAUCAGCAGUCGGUUCCAAUGAUGCAGCCGCAGAUGGUUCCAAGAGGACGUAUGUACCGUGGACCAGCUAGGAACAUGGCAGAUGCAAAUAUGGCGGCGGGUGUCGGCAGCGGAAUGCUUCCCGUACCUUACGACAUGGCGGGCGUUGGUGGCGUUCUUCCACGCGAUGCCGCUGCUCCCAUCCCACAACCAAUGCCUAUUACAGCGUUGGCUUCCGCUCUCGCUAACGCAUCACCAGAUCAACAGAGGACGAUGCUGGGUGAGAAUCUGUACCCGUUGGUGGACCAGCUUGAGCACGAGCAUGCGGCUAAGGUGACAGGGAUGCUUUUGGAGAUGGACCAAACGGAGGUGUUGCAUUUGCUGGAAUCGCCGGAUGCGUUGAAGGCGAAAGUUGCGGAGGCGAUGGAGGUUUUGAGAAACGUGCAGCAGCAGGCGAACAGUCCGUCGGCUCAGAUGGGUGCACUUUCUCUUAAUGAAAACCUUGUUUCUUAAAGAGUGUUCUGUUUUUGGUCGAAGAGGGAUGGGUGUUUGGUUUGCUAGAAUGAAUUGAAUUGAAGGCAGUAGAUGUUUAGGGUACUGAGUUUUUGUUAGAUUUGUUUUUUGAUGACUGAAAACAUUAUUAGGGUACCUUGAUUCUUGUGGAUUGUGGUAUUGCUUUUGAUGUGUGGUUUUGUUUUGUUUUAAUUCAAGUGCUGGACUUUGUGUGCUUGCUUCA